AUGAAGACGAAGACACCAUUGAAUUUGAAGCAACUCGAACUCUCUGUUCCAGCUCAAGAAGCCAACAUCAAGUCUUUCUUGACUGCAAGUGGUACAUUUCAUGACGGCGAUCUGCGUCUAAACCAGAAAGGGUUGCGGCUUAUCUCUGAAGAAAAGGAGGCCCAAGAUCAGACUUCUGACAGUAAGGAGCUCAAUUUAGAAAUUUCAUUGGAAGACCUUGAAACAAUUAAAGUCAUUGGGAAGGGAAGUGGUGGUGUAGUACAACUUGUUCGUCAUAAAUGGGUCGGAAAUUUAUUUGCCUUGAAGGUGAUCCAGAUGAACAUACAAGAGGAAAUUCGUAAGCAGAUUGUGCAGGAGCUAAAAAUAAACCAAGCAGCACAAUGUCCACACGUUGUGGUUUGUCACGACUCAUUUUAUCACAAUGGGGCCAUUUCUCUUGUGUUAGAAUAUAUGGAUCGUGGGUCUCUUGCAGAUGUGAUCAGACAAGUUAAAACAAUUCUUGAACCAUAUCUUGCAGUCGUUUGUAAACAGGUAUUACAAGGUCUUGUCUACUUGCAUAAUGAAAGGCAUGUAAUACAUAGAGACAUAAAACCAUCCAAUCUGCUAGUAAACCAUGAAGGGGAGGUCAAGAUUACUGAUUUUGGUGUGAGUGCUUCGCUUGCUAGCUCUAUGGGUCAAAGGGACACAUUUGUUGGUACUUACAAUUACAUGUCGCCGGAGAGGAUCAGUGGUAGUACUUAUGACUAUAGCAGUGAUAUUUGGAGUUUAGGCUUGGUGGUACUUGAGUGUGCUAUUGGAAGGUUUCCUUACAUGCAAUCUGAAGAUCAGCAAAGCUGGCCAAGCUUUUAUGAACUUUUGGAGGCAAUUGUGGAAAGUCCACCACCUUCUGCUCCAUCGGAUCAGUUCUCCCCCGAGUUUUGUUCUUUUGUGUCUGCCUGCAUACAGAAGAACCCUCAAGACAGAUCAUCAUCUUUAGACCUUUUGGGUCACCCCUUCAUCAAAAAGUUCGAAGACAAAGACAUUGAUCUUGGGAUCCUGGUUGGUAGCUUAGAACCUCCUGUAAAUUUUCCUAGAUAG